CUCAAAACCCCAUUUUGCAUUGUAGGGAGGGACAGACAAAUUAAUCAUGGUGCAGUGGUGGCGCUCCGCCGCGGGCAACCUCCGAACGGUGGCGGUGAGCCGUUGGGAGUCUUCGUCAUUCAUAUCAGGAUGCUGGCGUAGUCAUUACCACACGAUUCAAGCCAUCCCAAGAGAGUGCAGUGGCAGCAGAGUCUCGGCGAGGGACAGAAUGCAAGGUCGAAUACCGGCCGUCGUUUUCUUCCAGAAACUUCUGGAAAAAAACUCCGGCGACCGAUCGGCGUCGAAGAAGCAUUUGCUCACCGUCGAGAAGAAGCAGAUUAAGGCCAUACUCAACUCCGUCGAUGAUUCUUUCUUCUGCUCCACUCGUUUUGCGCUCCAGAUCCGUGCCGGAUCCGGAUCCUCUCAUUUGCUCGAAUCCGGAUCUGUGCUACCUAUUAAGAUUCAUAGGGACAAAGAGAGUGGGAACAUUCUGAAUAUGGUGUUUGUUUGGGCUGAAGACGGGAUGGAAUUGAAGGUACAUGUGCCUGUUGUUUUCAAAGGGGAAGAUGCUUGUCCUGGUCUCCAGAAAGGGGGAAUUUUAAAUAAGAUCAGAACUAAUCUAAAAUAUCUUUGUCCAUCUGAGCACAUUCCUUCAAAAAUUGAGGUGGAUGUGAGCAAUCUAGAUAUUGAAGAUAGGGUAUUCUUGCGUGAUAUCGAGGUUCAUCCAUCCUUGAAGCUUCUGAGUAAGAAUGAAAACAUGCCCAUAUGUAAAAUAGUUCCAACGAGUUUGGGAAACCAAGCACCUGUUGGUGAGUGAUCACUGAAGAUGUUAGAUUCGACAAAUUGACAUUCAUUGGGAGAAAAGCAAACUCAAGAGAUGCAAUUUCCAAAUAAACAGGGUUAACUCUUGAUUUGGUGGCAUGUUGUAGCAGUGAUGGGGACAUGCACAAGAGAUGUUAAGACUCUUUUAUGUGUUUUGACUUAAUUGGCGUUUCAAUGUUGUUGGCUGUUGAUUUCUAAUGGAUUAAUGAUUUCUAUUCAAUCUUUGAUGGCAUGUACGAGUUAGAUAUUUAAGUUCUUCAACUUGACUAGACAUAUAGGAGCUGGAUAUUAUAAUUAUAUGUAUAUAUUCGCAUUGAAGGCACCGUUUAUAAGUGCCAGGUCUAUUGGGAUGGCUUUUGGGAAGGACCAACUUAGAUUGACUGAAUUUCCCUUCACUAGUCUUUCUUUCUUUAGAGGAUAUUCUGACAAGAAAGCUAUCAGUUUAGAUACUAGACGCAUCGACGCUGUUUAGUUCAUGGAUGAAUCCUUGA